AUGAAGUUGUCUUCGCUUGCCACUCUGGCGGCUUCUUUUCCCCCAGCACUUGCUGGCUUGGUUGGGCACCCCCGUGCCACUACCUUUAACAAUCCCAUCAUCUACUCAGAUUUCCCAGACAACGAUGUAUUCCUGGGUCCGGACAACUACUACUACUUCUCGGCUUCCAACUUCCAUUUCAGCCCUGGAGCCCCCAUUUUAAAGUCCAAAGAUCUGCUCAACUGGGAUCUCAUCGGCCAUUCAAUUCCCCGCUUGACCUUUGGCGACGGCUAUGAUCUUCCUCCUGGCUCACGCUCUUAUCGUGGGGGUACUUGGGCCUCAUCCCUAAGAUACAGGAAGAGCAAUGGACAGUGGUACUGGAUCGGCUGCAUCAACUUCUGGCAGACCUGGGUGUUUACCGCCUCAUCGCCCGAAGGUCCUUGGUACAACAAGGGCAAUUUCGGCGAUAACAACUGCUACUACGACAAUGGUAUACUGAUCGACGAUGAUGACACAAUGUAUGUCGUAUACGGCUCUGGUGAGGUCAAAGUAUCUCAGCUAUCCCAGGACGGAUUCAGUCAGGUCAAAUCCCAGGUAGUUCUCAAGAACACUGAUAUUGGUGUCCAAGACUUGGAGGGCAACCGUAUGUACAAGAUUAAUGGGCUCUACUAUAUCCUGAACGAUAGUCCAAGUGGUAGUCAAACCUGGAUUUGGAAGUCGAAGUCACCCUGGGGCCCUUAUGAGUCCAAGGUCCUCGCCGACAAGGUCACCCCACCUAUCUCGGGUGGUAACUCGCCUCAUCAGGGUAGUCUCAUCAAGACUCCCAGUGGUGACUGGUACUUCAUGUCAUUCACUUGGGCCUAUCCUGCCGGCCGUCUUCCGGUUCUUGCACCGAUUACGUGGGGUAGCGAUGGUUUCCCCAUUCUUGUCAAGGGUGCUAAUGGCGGAUGGGGAUCAUCUUACCCAACGCUUCCUGGCACGAACGGUGUGACAAAGAACUGGACAAGGACUGAUACCUUCCGCGGAACCUCACUUGCUCCGUCCUGGGAGUGGAAUCAUAACCCGGACGUUAACUCCUUCACUGUCAACAACAGCCUUACUCUUCGCACUGCUAGCGUCACGAAGGAUAUCUACCAGGCGAGGAACACGCUAUCUCACCGAACUCACGGUGAUCAUCCCACCGGAAUAGUGAAGAUUGACUUCUCCCAGAUGAAGGACGGCGAUCGGGCUGGACUUUCAGCGUUUAGAGACCAAAGUGCAUACAUCGGUGUUCAUCGAGAUAAUGGAAAAUUCACAAUCGCUACGAAGCAUGGGAUGAACAUGGGAGAAUGGGAUGGACAAACAACAGACCUUGGACAAAUAAAGGCCACUUCUGAUGUGCCUUCUGGAAAAACCAAGAUCUGGCUGAGACUUCAGCUUGAUACCAACCCCGCCGGAACUGGCAACACGGUCUUUUCCUACAGUUGGGAUGGCGUCAAGUAUGAAACACUUGGUCCCAACUUCAAGCUGUACAAUGGCUGGGCAUUCUUCAUUGCUUACCGAUUCGGCAUCUUCAACUAUGCCGAGACAGCUUUGGGAGGCUCGAUCAAGGUUGAAUCUUUCACAGCUGCAUAG